UCAUAUAUCAUGAUAAACAAAAUGGUACUGAGUAUCCUCUUUUUUUCAAGCACCGUGGUUGCUUGUCGUAAUGAAGUAGGCCUGUUCAUUACCUUGCCAACACCAAUGGAGGCUCUGAGUGGAUCCUGCUUACACAUUCCCUGUAACUUCAAAACUCAAAAUGAAGAAGUGUUUGAAAGUGGAAAAAUCUUUGGAGUAUGGAUAAAACAUGACCCAAGAUUUGCACGAUUUCCACAAAAUGUGUUUUUCAACAGCAGUAGGACAAAUAAGGUCUCUCCCAUGGCUAUAACUGGCAAUCUGAAGGAGAAAAACUGCAGCACUUUGUUUGUUGAUUUAAACAUGAGUCAUGAAGACACAUAUUAUUUUAGGAUUGAGAGUGAUCGAUUUAGGGCUACAGCUAAUUGUGACCCUCUUCAAAUAAAUAUAAAAGAUUCUCCUUGGAGUCCCAGCAUUAACAUCUCUGGUGGUGAUCUGAAGGAGCAUCAGUCUGUCACUAUAACCUGCUCAGCUUUGACUCCCUGUCCACACUCACCUCCUGAACUCACCUGGAAUCUCCAACAAGACUCUCACAGACAAACAGAGAAAAACACAGAUGGAACCUUUACAACUAAAAUCCACGAGAACAUCACUCUGUCAGACACACAUGAUGGAUACAUCAGAUGUUCUGCCAGAUAUCCUGUGAAUGGAGGAAACAAGACAGCAGAGACAGCAGUGACUCUCAGUGUUUCAUAUGCUCCUAGAAACACCUCAGCAUCCAUCAGUCCAUCAGGUUUGGUGUCAGCAGGUAGCUGGGUGGAGCUGAACUGCUCCAGCAGAGCCAAGCCUCCUGCCAGCUUCACCUGGUUCAGGAACAGCAAACAUGGAGACAUUAAUGUAUCUGUGGGUCAGAUUUACAGCUUCAAUGUUACUGAGGGAGGAGAGUUUUACUGUUUGGCUACAAAUGAUCUGGGUAAUGAGACGUCAUCAGUGAUCUCUCUGACUUUUAAAGGUUUGUCAGAGCAACCUGAACACUGGAUGGCAAUUUGUAUUGGAAUUAUUGGAAUCGUCUGCCUGGUUUUGUGUAUUUGUGCUACCAUGUGUUGGAGGAGAAAAGCGAAGACAGAUUCAGCCGUCCCACAGCUUCAAAUGGGAAACUGUACUGGGUCUACAAGAAAUGCAGAAGACAAAGAGGAAGAAAACGAAGAAAGCCUCCAUUAUGGAAAGAUUUGCUUUCUGAAGCAAACCCCUGAACCAUCAUCCACCUGCAGGGGCGAGCAUGACACAGUCUACUCACAAGUUAAAAUAUCUGGGCCAGCGAGUCGUUUAAAACAUGUGGCUGAUGACACAGAAUGCCUCUAUGCUCAAGUAAAAUGAUUUUAGAUUGAUUAGAAUGAUUUCAGAUAGUUUUUUCUGUGGGGAUCUGUGUAUUUCAGCUCUUAUGUAAAAAAAGGCACUUAACUUGUUGCAUGCAAUACUGAUUGAAUUAUGUUAUGCUGAGCUGUGUUUUGAUUUGGUGUGCAAGCCCUGCUGAAUUGUGUGUAGUUAAUGUUUUGUCCGGCUGAUCUCAAAUCAGCCAGGAGUUAGAAGUUGGACUUUUAAAAGUUUUUCAUUUAAAGCAAUUGCGGUCUGCGCCUCGCCCGACCACUCUUUGUUCCAGUUUU